CAUGUGGCACUCACGAUAGUGCUGCCUCUAGUGAGUUUAUAUUAAAACUCGACAGCCCGGUGAAAGCGCCAAAAAUUCUGUAGUUUGCUACAGUACAAAGUGAAAGGGUGCCUGCGUGCGACGCGAGUGCCAGGCAGUGACCAUAGUCCAUACCACACGUGAGCGAUGUCGAGUGACAACGAUCUGGAAAGCCUGACAGAGCGCCUAGCAGACACCACAGUCGCCGUCGACGAACUGACGGAACUCGUUAGCUUCUCCGGACGGGGACUCAAGCUAGAUAAGGCAGAAGAUGCUAAAGAAGUGGUGGAAGCAAUGGAGAAGUGCCCACGGUUACGGGUGCUACGGCUCGACGGGAACACAGUUGGAGUGGAGGCUGCGGAAGCCAUCGCCAAGUCGCUUAGUUCGAAAUCGAUGUUUCAGAGGGCGCUGUGGAGCGAUAUGUUCACAGGACGACUUCGAUCGGAGAUACCACCUGCAUUGAACUCGCUAGGGGGCGCCAUCGAGCAGGCGGGCGCGGGACUCGUUGAGCUCGACCUCAGUGACAACGCGUUUGGUCCCGACGGUGUGCAGGCAGUGAGCAAGCUGCUGCGGAGCAGCAGCGGCUACACGCUCGAAGUGCUCAAGUUCAACAACAACGGUCUCGGAAUCGGCGGUGGCAAGAUCUUGUCUCAGGCAUUAAUUGAAUGUCAUCGAAAAAGCACAGAAGCUGGCAAACCACUAAAGUUGAAGACUUUCAUUGCCGGACGAAAUCGGUUAGAGAAUGACGGAGCCAAAGCAUUAGCACAAGCUUUCAAGACGAUAGGCACCCUGGAGGAGAUAUCCAUGCCGCAGAACGGCAUCUACCACGUCGGCAUCGCCGCUCUCUGCGACGCCUUCACAGCGAACUGUCGCCUGCGCGUUCUGAACAUGAACGACAACACGUACACAGAGAAGGGUGCAGCUCACCUAGCAAAGGCAUUGCCGGCGAUGCAGAAACUCGAGACGUUGAACCUCGGCGACUGCCUGCUGAAGACACGUGGCGCCACCGUGCUCGCCGAUGCCCUAGGUCCAGGUCAUCACGAGCUGCGCGAACUCGUGCUGACUUUCAACGAGAUCGACCAGCGUGGCGCGAUCGCCGUCGCCGAGGCGAUGGAGAAAAAGACGAAGUUGGAGAGGCUGGACCUGAAUGGUAACCAGCUAGGUGAAGAUGGAAUUGAGAUACUACAGGGUACAUUGGAAGCCAUCGACAAGAUAGAGGUCCUUGGUUCUUUGUCCGACGAUGAGGGGGAACCAGAUGAAGAGGACGAGGAGGAUGAAGAGGAGGAUGAGGAGGAGGAAGAAGAGGAGGAGGAAGAGGAGGAGAAGAAAGAUAAGCAGGAGGAUGUUCUUCUCCACACAUCGCCACUCAAGAGGGAGGAUUUAAAAGAGGUGCUGCCUGAGGCUUGUACAGUCGACAGCUUCUUAGCGGCGCCCUCUGCAGCCAGGCUUCUAGGUCUCGGCGAGAAUAGAGCCGAGCAGAUCAUACAACAUCUCGCUGCCGACAUAGCAGAUUCGGAGAAAGUUAUGGUGACCUUUAUGAAGGUCGCGCUGGCAGCUGGGCGGCGGGAGGAUAGCAGCGUGAAUGAAGCUGCGAUGAAAUGCACAGAUGCACUGCUAAUUAACACUUUUGGCCAAGGCGACAUGAACCUGUCAUUGCUCUCAAAUUCUUUGUUAGUUCAUCUUGGACUCAUUAAGAGCGAGGACAAGGAUUUUCAACUUGUGCAUGAUCUCUAUGGCCCGUUGACCAUUCUACUGCACGCAGUGAAACAGCCGUACUUCCCAAAGUCUACUAAAGACAUGCUCGAGGCAUUUCUGACAAGACCCUGCAAGACCUUAGAUGGGUAUAUGAUGCAGCGCCACAAGCUCAUAGAAGCCUUGUACAAAUACUGAGUACGGCACCAACUUCGAUCUGAAACAUCAUGAUGUUAAUACAGUAUAGGGACUACUGUAAAAUAAAAACUUUGAUUAGCGAGUAGCGACACUUGUCACAUAUAUAUAUUUAAAUGCGGUUUUUAUGACCCUGUCGUCGUCGUGACUCGCCUCUAUUUAAUGCCGUCUUGUUUCUGCGUCGAUGCUGUGUGAAUCGUGGCGAGACAAUUUAACGAACCAUCGUUUGCUGCUCAGAGUUUACGUUGUAGUGUUGCCAGCUGAUACACUAUAGAUCUGUAAGCUUUUACCGGGCAGCGUUGAUUUAAUGUUUAAUGUUCCAAAGAAAAUAAAGAUGAUGAUGUAAUGUA